AUGCCGCGACAACGCUUCGUCCUCGCGCUGCUCGCAGGGCUGCUCGGCGCCGACGGCUUCGGCGCGCGGACGGCGCCGCGGCGCGGCGCCAUGAGCAUGCGCGCCCGGAAGCUGGGCCUCGACUCGAAGAAGAAGGGCGCGAAGAAGCAGAAGGUCACGCUCACGAAGGUGCCCGGCAUCACAGCGCCCGAAGAGAAGAAGCUCAAGGGGUGGGCGCUCGAGGUCGCGGGCAGCGAGUCCGUGCGUCUCACCGCCGGGACGUGCAACGGCAAGCUCUACGUGCUAGAGGCGGCCUGCAGUUGCUGCGCCUGGGACCUGGAGAAGGGCGACCUGCGCGGCAGCGUCACGGGCGAGCCGUCCGUCGCCUGCGGCCUCUGCGGCCAGACGUACAGCCUCGUCACGGGCGAGCCGGGCGGCGCGGUCGAGAAGCAGGGCCUCGGCGGCUUCGUCGGCGGCCUCGCGCGGCGCGCGCCGACGACGAAGAAGGCGCGGACCCAGGUCCCCGUCCGCGCCGACGUCCGCGACGGCGACGUCUACCUCGACCUGGGCUCGAAGGUCUUCGGGAAGGGCGCGCGGGACAUGUCCUACGCCGCAGCGACGGAGAAAAUGCAGUCGGGCAUGCUCCAGGGGGAUUAA